CUGAUAAUAACCUGUUAACUUCUCCACGUGAAUUUGGAUUCCAUUCCUUCUUCCUUCUUCUGCCUUCUUGCCGUGGCAUCCAUCUAACUUGCAGAAUCCCACUCAAUUUCAAACUCUGAAUCCACUCCAGCUUAUCCAUCUUUUUCCUCAAUUGAAAGGGGAGGACAAGUAACCGGUCAUUUUCUAUUCCACUUUAUUCCAUUGCUGCUCGUUUUUUUGAUUUUUAAUUAUUUUCAGGUGAGCUUCUCAGUGUUUUGUUGUUUCCACCACCAACCGCCCAAGCCACCUCCCCAUUCCAUUUUGGCUUUGAACUGGGGUUUCCUUUUUUCCUUGUUUCGGAUUUCAUGGUUCUCGAGGUCACAACGUGCUUGAUUCUGUCCAAAUUCCAUUUAAGGCUGAUGGUUGUUAAUUUUAUCUUUUUUGGGGCUUUCAUUUGACAAGAGAAUCUAAUUCUUGUUUCUGCUAUCCGUUACCGUGACUUUCCUUUCCUUUUUCGUCUGCUUUACUGCGUUUUGGGUUCUGUUUGUCUCCUCAUGUUCUAUGUUCAUGGAAACUAAUGGGUUUCAUGACAUUUUGUCGAACCUUUCCUACGAAUUACCCAAACCCAUGAGUCGAUUUGCAAGGGGUUCUCUUCUGAAGCAGGUGAUUUGAUUCAUUUUAGGGGGUAGAAAGAUAGCAGUGCCCAUCCAUCUAAAAUGAACCUGCUUUGGAUUCUUUCAUUGUUCUUACUUCAUUUUGGUCUUUUGGCAAAUGGGUUAAGCGGGAAUGUUUCUUCAAGACCUCCAGUUGUGAAUAUUGGAACUAUUUUUUCGUUUGACUCUACCAUUGGUAGAGUAGCCAAGAUUGCAAUUCAGGAGGCUGUGAAAGAUGUCAACUCCAAUUCAAGUAUUCUUCCCGGAACCAAACUAGUGGUACAGAUGCAAGAUUCUAAUUGCAGUGGGUUUCUUGGCAUGGUUGGAGCCUUGCAGUUAAUGGAGACUGAUGUUGUUGCAAUUAUAGGUCCACAAUCUUCUGUAGUUGCCCAUAUGGUAUCGAAUCUUGCAAAUGAACUUCGUGUUCCCUUGGUUUCAUUUGGAGCUACAGACCCCACUCUAUCUUCUCUUCAGUUCCCUUAUUUUGUUCAAAUGAUGCAAAGUGAUUUAUUCCAAAUGACCGCAGUAGCUGAGAUAGUUGAUUAUUAUGGUUGGAAGGAAGUUAUUGCGAUAUUCCUUGAUGAUGACUACGGAAGGAAUGGUGUGUCAGCAUUAGAUGACGCGCUUGCUGCGAGGCGUUGUAAAGUCACUUACAAGGCUGGGAUCCGCCCAGUGUCUACAGUGAGUUGGGGUGACAUAAUGAGUAUUCUUGUUCAGGUUGCAAUGUUGGAAUCUCGAGUUAUUGUUCUUCAUGUGAAUCGUGAUUCAGGUUUUUUGGUAUUUUCCGUGGCUCAGUAUCUUGGAAUGAUGGAGAAUGGGUAUGUUUGGAUAGCUACUGAUUGGCUUUCUUCUGUGUUAGAUUCAUCCUCACCUCUUCCCACUGAUACCAUGGACACAUUGCAAGGGGUACUUGUUUUGCGUGCACACACGCCAAAUUCAGAUAGAAAGAAAGUUUUCUUCUCUAGAUGGAACAGAUUGACUGGUGGUUCUUUUGGGCUAAAUUCUUAUGGACUCUAUGCUUAUGAUACUGUUUGGCUGAUUGCCCAUGCUCUUAAUUCAUUUUUCAAGCAGGGAGGGAUUAUAUCAUUUUCUAAUGAUUCUAGAUUGCAUUCUGUUGAAGGGAGUAAUCUCCACCUUGAGGCAAUGAGUAUUUUUGAUGGAGGAGCACGCCUACUUAAGAAUAUCCUGCAUAGUAAUUUCGUUGGUUUGACUGGUCCUGUCCAGUUUAAUCCUGAUCGGAGUCUCAUUCUUCCUUCAUAUGAUGUUAUUAAUGUGAUAGGGAAUGCAUUUAGGCGGAUUGGUUACUGGUCUAACUACUCUGGCUUAUCAACUAUACCCCCCGAGGAUCUCUACUCACUCCCACCCAAUCGUUCAAGUGCAAACCAAAAACUGUACAGUGUCAUUUGGCCUGGAGAUACAACAGAUAAACCUCGUGGUUGGGUUUUCCCAAAUAAUGGAAAACGGUUAAAAAUUGCAGUACCAAAUCGGGUGAGUUACCGGGAAUUUGUAUCACAAACGCAAGGCACUGAUAAUUUUAAAGGCUUCUGCAUAGAUGUAUUUACAGCUGCUGUCAGCCUGUUACCAUAUGCUGUUCCGUAUCAAUUUAUUUCCUUUGGGGAUGGAAAGGAAAACCCAAGCUACACAGAGCUCACACGUUUGCUCGCAGAGGGUGUAUACGAUGGUGCUGUAGGUGACAUUGCCAUUGUCACAAACAGGACAAAGAUAGUGGAUUUUACAUUGCCAUAUGCUGCAUCUGGACUGGUUGUAUUGGCCCCAUUUAGGAAGCUUAACACUGGUGCUUGGGCUUUCUUGCAGCCUUUUACACCAUUAAUGUGGGGAGUUACUGCUGCUUUUUUCAUUGUUGUCGGGAUAGUUGUGUGGAUUUUGGAGCAUCGGAUAAAUGAUGAGUUUAGGGGGCCCCCUAAGGAACAGUUCAUAACCAUUCUCUGGUUUAGCCUCUCAACCCUGUUUUUUGCCCACAGAGAGAAUACAGUGAGCACCCUGGGCCGUAUAGUGUUAAUUAUAUGGCUGUUUGUGGUUCUGAUAAUCAACUCAAGUUAUACUGCAAGUUUGACUUCAAUUCUCACAGUUCAGCAGCUAUAUUCUCCUAUUAAAGGUCUUGAUACCCUGAAAUCAAGCAAUGACCGUAUUGGAUACCAAGUGGGCUCCUUUGCUGAGCAUUAUUUGACUGAGGAAAUUGGUAUACCAAAAUCUAGACUUGUUGCCCUUGGGUCACCAGAAGCAUAUGCUGAAGCACUCCAAAAUGGCCCUAAAAAGGGGGGUGUUGCUGCUGUGGUUGAUGAACGAGCUUAUGUAGAGCUUUUCUUGUCAAACCAGUGCAAAUUCAGGAUUGUUGGUCAAGAGUUCACCAAAAGUGGCUGGGGUUUUGCAUUUCCACGGGACUCUCCUUUGGCAGUUGAUUUAUCCACUGCAAUUUUAUCACUUUCUGAGAAUGGGGAUCUCCAACGGAUUCAUGACAAAUGGUUGACAAGAAGCAGCUGCAGCUCAGACAGUACCGAGAUUGAAUCAGAUCGCCUUCAGUUGAAGAGCUUCUGGGGCCUUUUUCUUGUAUGCGGGAUUGCUUGCUUUCUUGCUCUUGCCGCUUACUUCUUCCAGUUAAUGCGCAAAUUUUAUCGCACUGCAGGCAAUGAAUCUGUUUCAAACGGCGAAAGCAACUCCCGCUCAAGGAGCCUUCAGACUUUAUUGUCAUUAAUCGAUGAGAAGAAAGACAUGUCGAAAAGAGAUAGCAAGAGAAGAAAGGUGGACAGAUUGUCAUCCGUAGACGGGAAUGGGAACGAGUUAGAGAGGGAUCCCAAGAGGAGACAAAUACAGUUAUCCAGAGAGAGGGAGAGAGAGAGACAUCGUGACAUUUGAGCUUCCCAAGGCGGCGAGUAGUACACUGUUAAGAGUUCAAAUUUUUGUUGAAGAGACAGAAAUCAAUAUCGGCUAUUCAUACCAGCUGGCAGCUGUUCAGUUAUAUUUGCUGCUGAAACCCAUUAAUGGAGGAGCCUGUGGAAGCAGUUUAAUUUCCUUAAUUAGUGGGUUAACAUAUGUUUAGUUUAGAGUUGAAAGACCUGGAAUGCAUCUGUUGUGUAUAGGCAACUGAAUCUGAAUGGACUAGCUUCCUCUGAAGAAGAAGAAGAAGACUAUCAAGUAAAUCCCAAUUGUGUACUACAUAGACAAUUCUCAAGUGUAGAUAUUAUAUAUAUGUAUAUAUAUAUGUAUAAUUGCAUUUUCAAGCCUUAAUGUACUGUCUGUCUGUCUGUCUGUG